AAUAUAUUUUGUAAACGGUCUGUAUAAUUUCGCCCGACAUAUUGAAUGUUCUUUUAAUUUUUUUUAAGCUUGUAGUAACCUUCAGUUGUCACAAUGUAUUGCAAAUUUUGUUUGCAACUAUUUGCAACGUGUGAUGUAAAUGAUCUAUUCUUUUCUGUAUGUUAAUGCUAAUUUUAUUGUAAAAACAGGCAUAUUUAAAAUUAUUUUCUAAAUCUGUUUUUUUGUAAACGUAAUGUUUAUAUUAUUUUGACAGUUUGACGUCAACGCCCCUUUGCAUUUGUUUAUCGGUCAGUGUGACCAAGCCGAGUAUCUUAGUAAUUCGCCGAAGAUAAUUGUGAUAUUACUCUGAAAUGUAAGCACAAUGGCUGUAGUAGUAAAAGUUGUAAAUGUUGGUUCUGUGAGCGGAAUGUUAAACAAAUCACAGAGACUUCUGUUAGGACUGUUCGUUUUGUUGUUAGUUGAUGUCAUUUGGGUUUCUUCAUCAGAGUUGACGAAGUAUAUUUAUCAUAAUGAAAACUAUGAAAAGCCAUUCUUCAGUACUUAUGUGAAGACAUCCAUGUUUACCAUAUACUUAUUUGGAUUGUGUUUCUGGCCACCAUGGAGGGAUCAGUGCAGCAAACCGACUACCUACAUGUAUAUUGAACCUACUACAGAUGAUGAAAAUUUUUAUUCGGAAGCCAAUACAAGCCUGAGCGAUCCCACGUACGUACCAAUUAAAUUUCCUGAACCAGGGGACAAAAGUUCUGGAACAGAGAGCGAUGACUCAUCUAUUCGUUCUGUACGAUUCAGUAAACUUGCUGAGGUCAGGCACAUGUCUGAACAAGACGCGACAGAAGCACUUCUGGCCCGUCUUUCGUACCAAGCCAGUGUCCGUGCGGGAGAAGUGGCGAGACGGGCUGCUAGUAAAUUUCCACUCCAAACAGUAGCAAAAAUUGCCUUCAUGUUCUGUUUGCUGUGGUUUGUUGCAAACUAUGCAUACCAGGUAGCCCUACGAGAGACUGAAGCUGGUAUAGUCACUGUUCUUUCUUCAACAUCAAGUCUAUUCACUCUUAUUUUAGCUGCUCUUUUUCCUUCCAACAUUGGUGAUCGCUUUACGCUUUCAAAACUGGUUGCUGUUUGUAUCAGCAUAGCAGGCUUGGUGGUAGUAAGCCUGUCGCAGUUUUCUAUAGAAGUGAAAGUACCAACAGGCGUUAUUUUAGCACUGGUCAGUGCGUUCUUUUAUGCAAUGUAUUUAGUCUUCCUUCGACGCAAGGUGGAUCAUGAAGAUAAAAUGGACAUUCCAAUGUUUUUUGGUUUUGUUGGGUUGUUCAACCUAAUACUCCUGUGGCCUCUCUUCUUCCUGUUCCACUACAGCAAGUGGGAACUGUUUGAAUGGCCUUCGCACCACCAGUGGAUGUUCCUGCUGCUGAACGGCCUGGUGGGAACCGUGCUCUCCGAGGUUCUGUGGCUGUGGGGCUGCUUUCUGACUUCCUCGUUGAUCGCCACGAUAGCCAUCAGCCUCACUAUCCCCAUGACAAUGUUCGCAGACAUUGUGUUCAAGAAGGUGGAGUAUUCCGCAAUGUUCUACAUUGGCACGGUGCCUAUGUUCGUGGCGUUCUUUGCAGUGAUGCUGCUCGCGCAUUACGAGAACUGGGACCCGGUCAUGGAGUGUGUGCGCAGGUGUUACGUGUUUGUGUUCCGUCGGGGCCGCACAAUCAGAAUCUUGGAUGGUGAUGAGGAACAGACUGAAUCGCUGAUAGGCAUAAAUUCAAGUGAACAUGAGGCGUAAGCGUGUAAUUUGUAACUAUGUGUCUAUUGUAUUGUGUUUGUAGUUAUUUGAUACAUCACAUAGAUAGAAAGUGUUCAGAAUAUUUGCUGCUUGGCACAGUUUUUAACAUCUGCAAAUUUUGACAUAUUAAUUUUUCUUAUAUUUUUAUCUAGUCAAGGACAGUGUGGAAAAUCCAUUUGGUUUUACUUCAUUUACAUUUUAUGCAGUUUUGGAGUUGUUAGAGAUAGUGUUUGAUGUUCUUAAGCAGUGUUUCGAGCAGCAAAUUUGACCCAUCUGUGAUUUAUACGUGAGAGGUUUAUGUGACUAUUAAUGGUGCGUGUUCACUUGUAUGUUAAUUUUAUAGAGCACUAUUAUUAUUAUUUUCAAAUUCUGUGAUUGUUAAAGAUGUUAAAAAAGGUCAUUAUGUUUUUGUGGACAUAUUUUUUUAAAAUUAUUGUUAAUAUUUCUGUGUAAUCUUUUAAAAAUAGAGUUUUAUUUAUAUUUCACAUUUUCGCACAAAAAUACCUCAAUAAAAAAUUUUUUUCAGCAUUGAUAGUGGUUUUUCCUCAAGUACGUUAUGAGAUGCAUCAAGAAAAAUUUAUUCCAGUCAUCUGAUUAAAAUAUCAAGGCAUUUUCAUGCAUGCAGUUAGUAACUUCAAGUGACUCGUCAGCCAGUCAGCUUUUGUUAUUUUCAAUGUUGGCUUGUUUGACUGUGCACAUGAAUGCUGAAACUUUACACCAGGCGGUUGCCACGUAAGUGACGCACAGCUACAGCUAAAAAUGCUAUCAGUACUCAUGUAAUGAGGAAAACUGGAAACAAACUGAGUUUCAUUUGUGCUUGACAAUUUUCAUCUCUUAUUACCAGCCAUAAUGUAAAAAAGAAAAAAAAGUUUCUUAAUGUUUGAAAUUAGCAUUUGGAACAAACACAUUUUAUUUAGGUAAACUGUCAGGUAAUUCAUGCGAAGCUUGAAAGCUGAUGUUGUAGUCAGUAAGAUUAUAUUUGGGCCAGUAUUCCAAGACACAGAAGUAAGGUUUUAGGUGUUGAAUAUGCUACACCUGAAACCUAACCGUAUUCCUAGUGAAAUAUAGGACACGGCCAGUCCCUUAUUUUUAGGGAACUGAUUUCGGUGUCCUUUCCAUUGCCGAUGUGUAGCCCCAAUUUUUGCGCAUGCGCAGAGCUCACUGUUACUCGGAAGUGUUCCUGACACUAUUGAAAAGGGAAAAAUGCUGUUUGAGGUGUUGGAGCUGCUGAUGGCUCUAGUAUCCGAGCCACAAAUCAACAAGACAGGAAUUGUGCAAUAAAGUGAAUAUGUAGCCUCUUGGCACCCAUGGCAAUCCUGUGCCCCCCCGUGGCAUCAAUGGGUGAUCGUAAAAUCUGCUAAAGAGGACCCUGUCGCUAAGUCCACGUCCCUCGACAUCCUCAGUUGUUGGAAAAUGGUGUACGGUGAGGUGGAAGACCAUCCCUGCAGGAAACAAAAAAUGGCCAUGAAACCUUAACGAGGCCUGCCGGGCCCUCACGCCCUGGUUCAAACUUGAAGAACCACUCACGGAAUAAUGGUAAUGGCCAGACUGGGCGGAACUUCUGGCCAGGAAAAGGACUGUGACCGGGGCGUUUAGCUGUAAGCUCCGGGGAGCUGGAGAGGGUGAGAUAUCUAAGGGGCUGGUCCUUCAGGUCCCAGAUCCCAAGGUGAUGCGACCGGACUAGGUCAGUUACCCCGUCAUUUUACGGGCUAACUGGAAAAGCUCCUAUUUCCAUGAGAAAUCUAGGCAGUAGUGUGGGGCGGCCAGUCAUACUGGGAGUUCUCCCACUGAGGUUUUCUCAGCAUGCCCAGGCAGUGUAGUUUUGGCUUCAUUUUUAGUGUGUGGUCGCUCGGAGCUUUCUGAGCAAGCCCCAGGAUUCCCCAAUCCAAAACGGGUGAAAGUAUGACCAGCGUCACACUGCUCCGGUACUAGCCUGGAUAGCUAGUAGAGGUUGGAUAGGUCCUCAGCCGAGUCACGGGCUCUCUAGGGUCAUAGCCAGCAGGGAAACUAUUGUUUGCUGAAUUGGCUAAGUGUUGGGUGGUAUGUCUGCUGGGGUGGUCAUUCAUAGACCUUCAUCGACUCCUCCGGGCCGCAAUGAAAUGGUGUAGUACAAGUUUCCCUCUCCAUAAGGGGCCACGCCGCUUCCCGUCAGACUCUGCUCCUUAAGGGGAGUAUGUGCCGGCUGCAAGGAUUAGGAGCUCAUGUAAUAAAUUUCGCAGAGCGUAAGAUUUUAAUGAAUGUUGCCUUGAGUUCGUCCAGAUGGCGGACCCGCUCUGGCACCAUUAACUUUAAAUAUAAAAUUUUGUGAAUAUGGGGGGACGUACCUAACGUAUUGGUGUUCCAAAAGAAACUUUAUGGUAGGGAAAUUAUCCUAGAAUACAUUUUGUACACUUAAAUGGUCAUAACAAGAAAUAAAAUCACAACUUAAAAAGUACUUGAGAAAAUUAGAGUAACACUAUUCAAUUUGUGUGACGGUCUGCUAUCUCUAGGAUUUUUCAGUAAAAAAUUGUAAUGAUGGUUGCAAAACAUCCACUAGAAUGCGUUGAAACCUGUUUCUAGCCUCACACUGGGCACCGUUUAUUAAAAUGGUUGCCUUUCUGUUACCUUACUAGAAUUUGGUUUGGACGUGUUCUGGAAUAUGCCCUGCUAGUAAGAUUACGGUUGUAACCCAACAGGGCAGUACUUUUUUACUACCGUACCCGAAUGUCUUGGAAUAAUGCCCUAGAACUCACUAUUUCAAAAUAACCAGAUAUAUUUUUCCGUGUGUGCUUUUUUCAACCAAAAAAAAAAUCCAUUAAUUGUUUAUUGCUGGCCCAAAUGUAAUUUAUUGAAGCUUUAGCCAUGCUCUAUUAAGCAUUGUACAUUUGUUUAAGACAUUUUAUUUAUUGUAUAUGGAUUUACUAUUUUCAAGAUAAAGGUUAUAUAUUUUUUAUUAUAUAGCCUAUUAUGUUGUCUUUUUAAGAUGAAAUUUAAUACAUUAUAAUUAUUUAAUAGUUAAUUUAUUGUUAUAAUGAGAUCUGCAAGUUGUGUGCUGCAUAUCAUAAGCACUAAUAGUGUAAUAGUAUACUGUACUUAAUUUCUGUGAUGUUUAUUCUUUUCAUUCUACAUAUGUUUUUUUUAAAAUUUUAAUAUGUAUUUUUAUUUGAUAGUGACAAUGGUAGCAAAGCUGCAGUGAGUUGGGCAGUAGUUGCUUGUUAUUUUUUGGACUGCUAAUGACCAAAUAAAAUAUCAGUGACAGUCACAGGAGUGAACAUUACACCACCAAGAUGAGUCUUGUUCAUUGUGCUACCAGUGGUUUUUUAAUUGUUUGUUGCAUUCCAAACUUUCCUCCUUGUCCCCAAAAACAAGGACAUUAAGGACAAGGACUUAAAUGUGUUAACAUUUUCUUAGCAAAGUAAAAACAUUAUAUAAUAUCUUUCAGUAACAAACAUUAUGUUGGGACCCACGAAAACUUUGUCUAAUGUUUGAGGGGGAACAAGGGUUGAAAUAUUUUAUUUUUCUAGCAUCAGUGGAAAAUCAGUUUGAUUUCUUGUGAUUUAGGAAUUGCUGAAAAAUUUUUGUGCUUAAGUUUUAUUUAACACAAAUGUAGUGAAACUUAAGGUAUUCAUGUAGAAAAUCAUGCGUGCUUUCUUUUAAUCUGUCGCGGCAGAAACAAGACUAAACUUAAAAUAUAUAUUAUAGUUCUCACACUUUGUUUUUGAUUUCUUUCCUUUUGUUAAUGGGAAUGAUAUAUUUUGAUAAAUUGUUUUUAUUUUUUCGGGUUGGUGGGGGGCGGGGAACAUCGCCCAUUGUAUUAGAAGUUUUAACAUUAAAGAAAUAGUGUGUGUGCUUGAAAGUCACUGAUAUUUUUCAAUUAGUCACUGAUGUUAAGUACCUGUAUAAAAUGAAAUAAAUGAAAAAAAAACCUUAAGGGGGGAAAAUUUAAUGACUAGGAAUGGAAUAAAAAUUGCAAGGAAUUGUCUGAAGAAUGUUAUAUCUUGUUUGCAACUGCAGUAUGCUUUAGCACUUAUUUUUUUUAAGCCAGUUCAUAUUUGGAAACAUUUUUUUUAGUCAUGUGCAUUGAGUAACUAGUAUCUGUUGGUGUGAUUUGGUUUUUGAAAAUUGUUUUAAAUGUUACAUUUGGAUGAGCAUUUAUUUCAAAAGGGUUUUACAGGUUCACUUGUUAACAUGAAUGGUUUAUCAGUAUUAAAUAUAAGGCUUUAGAAUGUUUCCAAGUAACAUUUUGUAAUGAAAUGCUUUGACAUUUAAUUUAGCAUCUGCUGUGGAAACUAGUUUUACUACGAACUGUUUAGUUUCUGUAUGUUUUUCUAACAAUUUUACAUUAGGUUUAGUAAAGUUAAUAUUGUAAAACAAAGGUACGCAGUUGAUUAUUUGAAACUCAAAAUAGUUUUUAUGCAGUACAUGUAUGGUUAAAAUUGUAAUCGUAAUAGCUUAAAAAAACUAAAAUAUAUAUUUUGUGCUAAUCCUUGGCAGGUGUGUUUUUUUAAAAUUUAGAAUCAAAAACUUGUUCUCACAUGUAUAGUAGAAAUAUAUCUUUAAUUUUAAGAGCCAGGCAUGUGGCUAUGCAGUAUUAAAUAGAAGAAUUAAACUUGGGAAGUAGUUGUGCAACUCCUGUGAAAAAAAAAAUGCCGUUAGGUUCCUGAAGAGCGAAAGCGGCCUGGGUAAUGCCCCAAGAACCUGGUCAUUCCGGCUUGCCAACAGCACAAUAUAUCUGAUUCACUGCCAAGGGAAGAGUGAAAUGUCAUCCACAGGUUCACUGACACAAGAUUUUACUAGCUGAUGUAAUUGAAAUGCACAAAAAAUAUAUAUGAACACUAAAAAAUGUUUUUUUUUUUGUUAAUUUUAUAUAUUGGUGAUGCUGCUUUGCUAUAUUAUUUUACUUUAUUUUAUAAUAUGUGGAAAUGAGAAGGUUUUAGAGGUAGAUUGCACCUUUUGUUGACAUUUAAAUUUUUUUUUUAUCAAGCUUGGAUAAAAACAUAUAAAGAUAGAUAUAUGUUAUAAAAUGUUGCCAGUUUAUUGGUAAAACAUUUUGGUGUGCAGAAUAAUAUAUUGCUGUAAUUUUCUAUAACUUUAUUUUGCUUUACUUUUUUGUGUUAACUAGACUUUUAGAAGUUGAUACCACAAUCUAAAUCUUAUAACGUAAAUGUGACUGCAUAAUGUGAAAGGAACUGAUUUCCUUGGGAAGUCGGGCUUGCAACUUGAUUUUAUCUCCUUAAGUCGACAGCCAAGUGACUACUUCUCUUGUGUGUGUAUUACAUCGAUAUUGCAUUGACUUUCUAAUUUCUAUCUUGUUUUGGUACAGUGUGUGAAGUUUAAGAUUACCUAUGGUGGUAUUUAUAUUCACGUCUUGAGCAAUUCCUUCGUCAAGAAAUUCUUAUAUGCAUUCUUAUUUAACAUUUGUGUGCCAUAGAGGUUGCUUGAGAUGAUCUGAAGUGAUCGCAAACAAGACAAUCUUGAUGAAGACCAUCUUAUGAUAGUCACAUAUUUCUUAUUUAUGAGAGGGCAUUCUCCUGUCUCAUAGUCGUUGUUUGAGAACACCAUCGUAGAAGCAUGUUUCAUAGUCGCUGAGACCGUGCUUAAGAACACGAAUAAGAUCGUCUUUGCCAAGACCACGGCAGGCAUGUCUCAAGCAAUUGCUUGUUCUGAUCGCAAUGUAGAAAAUGGCGGAUUCUCGUGAACCUUGUAUUUUUAAACUUAAAUAAAUUCUGUAUGAAGUGCUGAAGCAAUUUUAUAUGUAUUUUAAAUGAGAUUAGGGUUUGUUUGUGACCAGUGGUUACAUUUUCAAGUGCUAAACAGACACGUUUAUUUACAUAUCGAUCACAGAAUGAGUACAAUGGAUGUGGAAAACGAUGUGUUUAAUGAUGGUUGAUGGUACAUAUCACAAUCGGAAAAUUUAAUUCUACAUUCGUGACACCCAGAAUACAUUAAAAAUAAUUUAAGAAAAAGUGGCAUUACAUUGUUGAUAUACAGUAAUUUUCCACAUUAUUUCGUCAGAGGAUUGGUAGUCUAAUGGUUAGGGAGAUGGGCUUCAUGUCCAUGCAUAGAGGAAACAAUAUGAAUGUGGUUCAAAUCCUGGCACUGACAAUACUUUUUUUUAUUGUUACAGUUAAUGAAAAAUGCAAAUAUAGCUUUAAGAGAAAUUUUAUUAGAUUAAUUUUUUAAAAUCUAAUUGUUAUAAUAUAUUUAAAUACAUAGCUCAGUUUAUUGAUUUGGUUAUUUCAUACGCAGUAGGCUUUGAGACCUACUGUAGUCUAUAUAUUUUACUUAUAAUACAAUUAAAUUAUAGAAUCACAAGUAACUUAAACAAGAAAAAUUAACCUAUUAUAUGAGGAAAUUAAUGUCUUAUAUUAUUGAUGAACAAACAAACACUUUAUAAAGGGUUUUACAAAAUUUUAAGUUCCUUACUAUGUACCCUUAUCAGAUUCGUUCAAACUUAUUGUUAUAAUUCUAAACAUACAUUUUUCUUACUUAAAUAAAAAAAAUUCUUUUACUGUGUAGUUAAAUCUGAUAUUUUUAUUAAACAAACAUUUACUGUACCUUAUCCUGAAGCUGAAGCAGAGUGACAUUUUAUAAAAUAAAAAAACAAAGUUUUUCACUAACUGAAAUAUUUUUUGAUAAUUCUGUAAAGACAAGUAGCUUUUAAACAAGUAGUAAAUCAGUAUUAACAGUUCUGAAGAUGCUAACUUAAUUUUAUUGCAUUAUUUUGUUAAAAGGGUAUUAUUAUAUCGUUAGAUACAUAAUUUUUUAGUGUUAAACUUGCACAGGAACGUCAAAAGUCUAUAAAGUUCUUAAUUUCAUUCAUCUCAAGUGACACAAGUUGAGAUGUACUAGAAGGUGUGCAGAUUUGUGGUCGCAAAACAUUAAUUUUUCCAUGUGUGAUUCGAGAGUAUUAAAACAAUAAACAAAUUCCUCACAUCAACGUACAAAUGCACUUCGAAUGUAGUGAUAUAUACUCACUAAAUCUUGUUACUAUAAAUAGCCUCAAAUUCUGGGGUUUCAGUGCUUGGUGUGAAUAGUACCAGAAUAUUUAACGAAAACAGUUCAAUCGGCAAAGUUCGUGUAUGCUCGUGUCUUUUCGGCUGUCUCAAGUAAGUGCUUCGUCAAGUCGUAAGUACGGCAAACAAGCUAUUGAUUGAGCAUGCAGUCUUCAUGAAGCUCGUCUUGUUCGCGGACUAUGAAA